CAGUUCAUAUCUCACACUUCAUCCCCUAAAAAGUCGAGUCUCAAUUCUUCAUUAAUAAACAAGUAUUGGUAUUAUAAAAAAAAAAACCUUCCCCCCCCAAAAUAUAAUUUAGUGCAUCUUUCGAACGAGAACAUUAAUUAUCAUUAGCAUCAUAUGUAAAAAAUAUGCAGAAGUUCCCAAAGAAAGAAUUCCAAAAAAGAUAAUGUAAUUUCCAUAAUUUUCUUCUCUCCUCUUCUCUCCUUCUAAUUCUUUAUGAUAAAUUUUUCGAGAAAAAGAAGAAAAAUGAGUUUAAAAAAAUUAACGAAAUUAAGAAAAAAUAAAGUCCCUCCUGCAUUAAAUAUCAGGGAAUCCAUUGAGGACGAAGAACUGAAACUCAAGACUGAUAGAAAAUUAAAAAAUGAAUAUCUACUAUAUGAGGCUGUGAUAAAAAAUGAAGCGGACUCCGUUCGCAAAGUGCUCAAAGAGACUGUCGACGUAGAUACCAGAAACAAUUAUGGUCGUGCUCCCAUUCAUUUGGCAGCAUCGAAAGGAAACACGGAAAUUAUCGAAAUGCUGAUGCAGUAUAAAUGUGAUAUUGAAGUUAUAGAUAAGAAUGGAAUGCGACCGCUACACAUGGCUGCGUGGCAUGGCCAUCGGGAAGCUGUGAAAAUGCUAAUAAAUGCUGGAGCAAACGUAACGGCAGUAAAUAAGAAAGAAUGCACGCUCCUCAUGUGUGGCGCUCGAGGUGGCAGUGCAGAAGUGGUAAACUAUCUCGCCGAAGCUUUAGAGUCAUUAAAUGGGGACGCGACUGAUUGCACAGGAGCAACGGCAAUUCAUCAUGCGGCCAAUGCUGGACAUCCAUCAACAAUAACAGCUCUCUCAAAUAUUCCUGGAAUUAAAUUGGAAACUAAGGACAAGAAUGGACAAACGGCUUUGCACUGUGCGUGCUCAGGGGGCCAUUUCGAAGCCGUGGAAGUAUUGAUAGGACUUGGAGCUUACGUGGAUGCUCAAGAUAAUGAAGGAAACACACCAUUGCACGUGACUACGAGAAACAGAGAUACAGAGAUAGCUCAACUUCUUUUAAAAGUUGGCGCAAACACUGAACUCACUGACGAGAGGGGAGUUACUCCGCUUCACGUAGCUGCUAGUCAAGGAGUCAAGGGAAUACUCGAAUCGAUUAUUCAACACGGAGGUUUACUCAACAAGCAGUGCAAGAAUGGUAAUACACCACUACAUUUGGCAUGCGAAAGCAAUCAAGUUGACACCGUCGAAAUUCUUAUUAAUAAAGGCGCUGAAUUAAACAGUCUUAAUUCGAGAUUACAAUCUCCAAUACACAUAGCAGCCGAAAUGGGACACACGGAAAUCUGUAAACUCUUAUUAAAAGCAGGUGCAAAUAUUCAGCAACGAGAGAAGAGUGGAAAAACACCUCUUUACAUCGCUGCUCGAGGUAGCUUCACGGCAAUCGUCGAUAUGAUCAUCAGGACAGCAAGAUUGGAUUAUCCAACUCCGGAAGAUACGAAUUCCGACAAGGAAUUGACACCAGCGAGAAGACGUUGGCGAGAGGAUACAAGGGGAAGUAUGUCCAAUAAUAAUGGCAGUCUCCCUGAUCAUAUGCGAUCAGCUCUUUGGAAAUUGGCCCAUAAACAAUUAGAUUCCGGAGAUUGGAAAAAAUUAGCCCUCCACUGGGCCUUCAAUCACGAUCAAAUCGAUGCAAUAGAACAUCAAUACACAGGUCCUUCGAGUUACAAGGAGCACGGAUACCGGAUGCUGUUAAUCUGGGUUUCCGGUCUUCAUCCCGAGGUCAAUAUCAUGAAAGAACUACACGAAGCUCUAUGUGCAAUUGGCAGGAAGACGGCUGCUGAAUCCAUUCGCAAACAUCAGGACAAAGCAUUCGAGGAAAAGUCAAAAUCGAGCAAACAACAUUGUCAUAGAUGUACAAUAACGUAAAUACUGAAUUUCAAUUGAAAAAGAUACAUUGAUUGUUCAAAAAAGUUGAGUCUCGUUUCCUUUUUUUUUAUUCUUUUAUUUUUCAUCGAAACAAAAAAAAAUGAUGAAAAAACAAGAGAACUAUAAUAUUUGAAAUAAAAUUCUAACUAAAGGAUAAAAUUUCACAAAAGUGAAUAUUUACGCAGAAUAUUCAAAAUAUAUAUAUAUAUAUAUAUAUGUAUAUACAAUAACGUAUAUGUUGAAAUUGGGUGAGAGUUCACAAUUACCCAUCUACCCAACGGGAAGUUGCCAAUGUUAACGAUUGGUUCAAUAAUGGGCCAUGCUUGGUGCCCAAUGGU